ACACAGAAAAUGAGAAACACAAAAGAAAACCAGCUUUCGACCAACACAUUACACAACCCAACGACAAGUUCAACAAAAGUUUUUUCCUUUCGCCUAAAAAGGUCUUCUUUCCAUCAUAUUCCUCCACAGCGAAAGUUGAAACGCACCAACUCACAACACAACAAAGUUGGACCUUCUUCCAUCUAUAUAUCCUCCCAAAAUUCUUCUGUCUCUCUCUGUCCUUCAGUUUCAGUACGAGCAUGGAUAUAUAGAUCUCUCUCUGCCUUUCACGCCAUACUUCAUCAUGGGGUCCAUGAAGAUUUCUGGGUCCUUCUGUUUUUGCUAAAAGAUGGCUUCUUUACUUUGAAUCAGACCUCUUUUCAGAAUACACUCUGUUUCGUCAUAAACUUUUGAAGUUCAAUUGUGCCAAAGGCUUCUUACAGAGAUGCAAUCUAGUGGGUCCGAAUCCGCGAGCCCGAUUAACCACCGGGUUCAGUUUUUGCCAUCUACGGAUACCAGAGGGAAGCAUAGAAUACAAGCGGAACUGAAACGACUGGAGCAAGAAGCAAGGUUUUUAGAGGAAGAGCUUGAGCAGCUUGAAAAGAUGGACAAAGCAUCUACCUCAUGCAAAGAAAUGCUGAGUACUGUGGAGAAAAGACCUGAUCCUUUACUUCCAGUAACAAUUGGCCCCAUAAAUCCCUCAUGGGAUCGAUGGUUUGAAGGUCCUCAAGAUUCUAAUGGUUGCAGAUGCUGGAUUCUCUGAAGAUUUUGGAUGAUUUGCAACAGUUAUUGUCUGUUUGACUUUGACAUUGGCUUCAACCAGCAGAUUGUGGCAGUUUUUCAUUCUUUUUCUUUUUUCUUGUUUUACUUUUUCUUCUUUCCCAGAUUGGCCUGGAAAGUCUAUCAGUUUUGAAACAUUAUUGUUUUUUAGAUAGUGUUCAUGGAAUGCUUUCUUGUGCAGAAGACAGUUAAAGCAAAUACAUAGUUUUGAUGUUUGAGAGGAAAGCUUAAUUGUCCAGGGGAUGGUUAUAUACUGAACACUUUAUUGCUCAUAAUGAAAGAGGAUGAAAAAAUAAAAUUUAAAU